AUGGGUCGAGCUGUUGGGCAGCGAGAUGUAAAACAGCAACAUUUUUUGCUUGAGCCAAUCUUGAGCCGCGAUAAGGGAGUCCGGACUACUGCAGAGAUAGUAAUGAUGGCUGCUUCUAGGUUCCUCAGGGCUCAUCAGAUCAGAGCAACCAGACUGCAGAUACCGAGAAGAGAUGCAUUGAAGCUUCGAGAUAUGGAUCUACGAGUCCUGGAAGACGUGGUACCGGCAGCUGCUUGCAGUGUCAUGGCACUUGACGAAGGCGGCUGCAAUAGUCUCAUCGCCAUGAACGUGCUUUCCGAGUUUGUUGUUCAUCCAAGCGGUGAAAUGUCCGCGGCAACUCAACCAAACUGUGGUGUUAUGGUACGACUAGCCUGUAGAAGUCGCGCGGGUGGCAUGGAAAGCCCCUGGCAGUGGGUCCAGAUUGAUGUACGAGGCAGACAGGUAGAAGAGAAGAGUGAAACGUGUGAGGACGAUGUGCCGGGCUGCAUCUAA